CGAGUCAUUUCCUGCGGUUGGUCUGACAGAACUGCAAAUUGAUGAGCGCUACGUGCGUAGCAGGAACAUUCCGCAUUGGUUACCGAGAACUUCCAUCGCACGUAGGCUGUUUCGUUCAGUGAGCAGUUCGACGCUGAGCUGCCCGAGAUGGUGCGUCGCUGUCUGCUCCUGUGGAUCUUUGGGCUAAUCUGCUAUGUCCACGCCGUUGUUGACGCUGCUGAGGUCGAAUGUGACUUCGAGCAUGGCGUCUGCGAGUUUUCGUCAAGCUGCAAGGGCGGCGACUGCUUCGUUCCAGUUCGGGCAAAGCUGGUGGACGAGGGACCCGCCCACGACCACACGACCAAAGGAGGUGAUGGCUGGUACAGCCGAGCUCAGUUCUCGAAGAACUCCUGGUACGAGUCAGUGGCCCGGCUGGAGCUGUCGAUCGCGGGGCCCUUUUGCUUCUCGGCUUGGGUGCACGUAUCUGGCCUCAAACUGCCGCGCGUCGAGAUGGCCUCGCGCCAGCUGGACGCUGACUGGUUUGUGGACGAGGCCGACAAGGAGCGCGUUUUCUACCGGGCGCAGUCAUCGUAUCCGGAACUCUGGCGCAACGUGCUCUACUACGAGGACCGUCGGGGUAGCAUGCAGAUAGAGAUUCGAGCUUGGCACUUUCCCAAUGGAUCCGUCGCUGUCGAUGAUUUGAGCGUGUCCAAAGGAUCGUGCCCCUCAGACCCCGUGGACGGAUCGUGUUCGUUCGACCGAUCUGUGUGUGGCUACCAGAACGCAGUCGGCGGCAGCGGUAACAAAUGGAUAAGAAUCCCACCGGGCCGCUCCGCGAGCAGGAACAAGGCUGUGACUCUGGACCACACCACCGACACGAUAUGGGGUGGUUACGUCAGUCUGCUGGUCCCGGCCAACACUGUGACCUCGAAAAUCCUCACUUCCCCGAUGCUCAGCGCGUCUGCAGAAAAACGCACUCGAUGCAUCAGGUUCUUCUACUUUGCCCCCGCACCAAAACAGCACAGUGGACUCGAGCUUUUGCUGAGCAAGGGCUCCGCACUGGCGAGCGAUGGGCAAUGGUCUGACAUAGGAUGGCUCUGGGGUGUCGACUACAACUCUCUCAUAAGUGGUGCCUGGAUGCCAGCUGAGGUCGGCUUCAUGGCUUCGGACAAUUAUGAGCUUCACUUUCGUUGCUACGUCGAACGUGCUUGGAACAGCUCGUGGUACUGUGCCGUGGACGACAUCGAGGUUUACGCAUGCGGCGACCAGAAAGGAAAGAAAAUCGGUUGCAACUUCGAUGACGGUAAUCUGUGCAACUGGACGGAUUCGCCGGAGCCGUCGGGCGCCGCUGGCCAAUGGAGAGUGAGUGACCUCCACUGGGGAGAGCCGCACUUUCCCGAUCGAGACCACACCCGCGGCACGUCUGAAGGAGGCUUCGUGUACGCUGAAAACAAGGAUCAUAAGUCCCGGGUGAAGGCAGUGCUCACCAGCUCUACAUGGGACGCCAGCUGGGUGGGAGGCGCCUGCCUCAUAUUUUGGCACUUCGCUGUCUUCAACCAGCCUGGAAGCUGCAACCUGACCGCGUCACCCACGUCGGGAGACCCCUGGUGGUCAAGCACGCAUGAACUCGAGCGCGCAUGGAAGCGGGAAGUCAUUCGAGUGUGGCUGCCGUCUGACCAGCAUCAGUUUAGAUUGGAGGCUUCUCUGAGCGACGCCUUGAUUGCCGUUGACGAUGUUGCGCUGACAUUUGGUGCAUGUCCUUCGGAACAGAGGGGACUAAGCUGUGAUUUCGAGCGAGGCCCCUGUACUUGGACGAACUCGAUGAGGAAGAGGAGAACCUGGGAGUGGCUCCUGCGUGGUGGACACCUCAACACUGACGUCCCGCAACCGCCCCUCGACCACACUCUGUCGUCCGAUGAAGGCUCCUUCAUGCUCGUGAGCGGCCGUGAAAUGCAAGUGGCGGGCACCGCUGAGCUGCAGAGUGAAGUCGUGGACCUGGACGCACUGGGAGCACAGUGCAUGGACUUCUGGUACACGGUCCACGGUGCUCAGGGGGACCGGAUCGCGUUCAAAGUUACUGUACACCGAAACACGCCUCGCUCGAAUCAGCAGCGCGAAGCAGUGUGGUUCCACAAAGAGGGAAACGUCACUGCAUGGCAACUUGGCCGAGUCAAGAUUCCUCGACAGCAUAGGGUGACGUUCGAAGCUGCUGUGUUGCAAAGUCGUGAUGGCUACAUAGCGUUGGAUGAUAUCGGCAUCUACAUCAACGAUGAUUGCUCAACUAUGCCAGCAGAGGCCAUCGCCGGAAAAGCAGCGUACGUCAUACUCGAGUGCGCGUGGAACACACCGAACAGGUGUUCAUGGAGUCGUCCUGACGAAAUCACGGGAACUUGGAAACUGGGAAGCCGUUUUCCACCAAGAUACGCAUUGGCCCCAGCCGCCUCGCCAAUCGGGAAACCCAACGAUUUCAUCUACCUGAGCUGCAACAAGCUUCACUCAUCGGGCGCCACGGUGUCCGCAUCACUUAACUCGCCCAUCGUACCUCUGCAACAGACGGCCGUGUGUGCACGCUUUGCCUUCCACAUGUUCGGCCCCGGAAAGCGGGAGCUCAGCCUCUCGCUGCGCACCCGUCAGGACCACGCGUCGACGACGAGAAAGACCCACGAGCUGUUCCGGGCGUACGGGGGUACCGUCGCGGACAAGUGGCACCACAUGGCCCGCACCAUCCGCUUCUCGGCACACGCGACCACGCUCGAGUUUUCCGUAUCCAGCGACAAGUGCGAGCGGGGAAAUAUCGCCCUGAGCAAUAUCCACGUGACGCCCGGCGUCUGCACAGACAAUGAUGGCGGCGAAGGACUGUGCGACUUCGAGCAGGACACAUGCUACUGGCACAACAAAGGCUGGACGCACGUCUUGACGGGCAUGAGAGAUGACAUGGCAAGCGCUAGCCUUCGCUCAGGACCGGCCAACUCUGCUGGCUUCCUUCAGCUGGCGUGGUCCAAGGGCGCUGCCAACGAGGCCUCCCUGAGCAGCGUGCUAUGGCCUGUCCAGGACCAACCUCGCACCGUCGAGCUGUGGUACUACGGCAACAUAACAGGAAACGGAAUCCUUCAGGUCUACCUCGUCGACAAAGCAGGCUCGCAGCUGGCUAAGAUCUGGACGCUGCCGAGCGCUGCUGAGCCUCACACAUGGUCCUUGGCUCGCGCAGAGAUUCCCGAUCAAAGCGUGGACUUUCAGGUGGUGAUAGAAGGCAAGUUUGACCCACGUUCCAACGUCAACUCGGUGAUCGCUGUAGACAAUGUGCUCCUUGACUUGCUCCCACCUGUCCAUGUGGCUGACUGUGAAUUCGACCAAGACCUUUGCGGAUACGUCACUAGAUCCGACUCAGACUUUCGGUGGAUUGUGGGCAGUGGUCGUGUGCUCAGAAGACAACCGGGGGCCCCAGCAUACAAUAUGAUUUCUUCCGGUGCGGGUGAUCCUGGCCGAUUCGCCUACGUGGACACCACUGUACUGGCAAACAAUUCAGCCACCCUCCGUAGCGCCCAUUUUAGCAGCAAGGGCAAUGAAACUUUGGCCGUGCGCUAUUUCAGGAAUGGAGCAGCUUUGAAGUCCUUCCACAUCUACCAGCUGGUCCUAAGCAAUGGAGCCAAAAAGACGACUCGGCUCCUUCUAGCCGACCUGUUCCCGAAAGAGCAGUGGCAGCGCGUCGAGCUACCGCUGCACAAGGCCGAUCAUAGCCAGCUCGAGUUCACGCUCACGAGGUCCUCCAGUCAGACAGGAGGAGUCGCGGCCAUCGCGGGCGUCAGUGUCGCAUCAACAGCGAAAGGUGGCUCAGAAACACCAGAGGAACCGAUUCCAGAUCUUAACUGCACAUUUGACGACGGCAGCUAUUGCCUCUGGAAGCCGGACACGAAUGCAAAGGGACAACCGCAGUGGGAGCUCAGCGACACGACAAUAGGGCAGCCUUCCUUCCCACUGUUCGACCAUUCAACAAGAAACUCGAACGGUCGGUUCAUUUCUACUAAAAACACCGGCUCAGCCGCUUCAGUAACCCGCAUAAAAAGCCUCCCCUUGCCCGCCCAGUUGUCGACAAGCAGCCUCUGCUUCUCGUUCUGGUAUUUCAUGCUCACUGAACGCAAUAGCAGCAUAAGCGUGACUUUGGCGCCUUCAAGCUCCCCUUCUUGGUUCGAGCCCGGCGCAAGAAUGACCGCAUGGACGCCGGCUCUGGUUUACUUGGCAGGAUCGCCAACCGCAAAGAGGACUCAGAUUGUGGUUGAAGCAAGCAUACAGGACGGGCUAAUCGCAGCGGACGACUUCUCAGUGACGCACGGUAACUGCCCAAAACCAUCUCUCUGUGCUUUCGAAGGCGGCGUUGAAUGCGGCCACACUCGGGACAUCAGCAACGUUCGGGAGUGGGUUGUACAGCAGGGAUCUCAGCUCGGCGUUACCGAUCAUACCUUGCGAAGCACAUUUGGCCACUUUCUAUACUUGAACACAACGUCCGUCAGGCAGAGCCGUAAUUCCAUCGCAAGGAUCCAUCUUCCUGUUCGCAAUGCAAUGCCGGAUGCCUGUCUAACCUUCUGGUGGCGUGCCCAUGGAGAACAAAGCGAGCUCAAUGUCUACAGGCUCGUUCACGCUGAAGGCCUCGACAACGCCCUUCUUUCAUUGGACACCGAAGAGAGCAUCUGGUGGAACGGCCGCUCAGUAAACAUCACCUCCGACAGGCCGUGGCAGGCGAGUGCUUAG